AUGUUCAUGCUCACUCGACUUCUGGCCAUAUCUUGGUUAGUCACGGUUGUCUCCGUAACGGCGUGGCCCAUCCAACAAGUUUCCUCAAGCGUGCCUCGGAAACGAGCAAUUGACCUCACUUUCCGGCUACCUUCUCCUUCUCGUAUCUGCUCCGCUGGAGCCGAUGAGAGCGACCCAAGGCGGACGGUGUUCGUAGCGCCUGAGAAUGACCAGGAGGAGACUGCCAUCUGGGAGCGGGAAGAGGGGGAACUGCCUUCGGAGGAGGUUGAUGACCUUGAGGAGUGGCUCGCGCAAACUCCAGACAGCCACAUCAACUACCUCGAACAGGGGCAGUACGAAAAUCGCUGGCGGCGACCAGGAGGCAGCAUCGAGUUCGUCAUCAUGGCUGACCGGAGAUUGCCUAUUGAGGCCACCCAGCUCGUCAUCGGUAAUUGGGUCAAUGUCCUCGGACAUCACCGCGAAGCCAAUGCUGUAGCUCCGGCUGGAACGCUCACCCUCACACGUGGCAACAUCCGCAUCGCGCUCCGACCUGUUCCCGAUCGCGUAGAUCAAGCAAUCCAGCCCCGACACUUAAUUGUGGACGCCGAUUCAGAUGACGACUUGGAAGGCGUGGAGAUUGACCCGAUGGAGCAAGAGAGAAUGGCGCAAAUCAACGGCACCGGCAUGCCUUUCGAGGACUUUCAAUUCGCGCCGAACGAAACCCCGCAGAACUACUUCGAUUACCUUGGUCAGAUUGGGGGCGUACCGACGUACGGCUCCCGGUCCAGACGCAGGCGACGUACCUUUGGCCUUCUGAGACACAUCUGGGAGACUCUCUUCGGCAACACGAAACCACCACCCAUUGAGAGACCUCCACCGUACACGGCGAUCUGCGGUUGCCAGCGGGUUAUGAAGGUCGUUGAUCUCGGAGCCGAGGUACAGCGCCUGCAGCUGAAUGACCUCGACCUGAUGCCGUAUGCCAGUGACGAUCCGCGCGAGCACGGCCGAAUGGACGAGUACCUGGGUAAGCUGCAGAACAUUUCAGUGGCUGCCACGAGUGAGGAGAAGGCGCGCGCGAUCGCGUCGCUCUUGCGACUCAGCGACGAACCACCCUCGUACAUGGUCACGGAACUCGACGAGGAGAUCAAGGCGUGCGGAACUGGGGCCAAACUAGUCAAGCGCAAGCCGCCCAAGGGCCUCGCGAGCGAGCGUUGGGAGGAUGAUCGCUGGAAUCAUCAGCUGUCGGAGAGCGACGUCCGCGAGCUCUUCAACGAUCUGCGGCGCAAUGGACUCGCGCGUGUUGACCCGAGCUUCCAAUCUUUCCGCGUCGGCAACGCGUACGUGUCGUGGUCGUCCAAGUUCUCGGACGACCAUUAUGCUGCGCCAUCCCGCGAGGAGAUCCUACCGUUCGUCCGCAUGUUCCUCGAACGCGUUAGCUGGGGCGAGCAGGAGGGUGGCCUCUGGUGGAAACCUUGGAGGCCGAAUUAUUGGAGCUCGUCGUACCGAGACAUUGUCUUUGGCCAGAAGACGAUGCGUCUCUGUAUCAGCAACCGGCCGAAGCGCUGUUUAAAGUAG